GCUAACGUCAUUAGCACUACUAGGACUGCUGGUCGACGUUAAUCUCAGGCAGAUGCUAAAUUAGUAGUCUAAUUUAUCUGAUGAAAUCACCAGGCACUAAUUAUUAUUUUGUAUUGCCCGUCCAAGUUCGACUGUGCUUCAUAAAUAGUUACAGUAGUUGGCUGCAUGUCAAGUUACGGCUUGGUGGGUGACAUGCCCCAUUCGUUCAUAGUACGUUGCAUCUAAAAAAGGAUGCAGCUAUAACGUAGUUUAUGAAAUCGCAUUCAUUCAUUUUUUUUUCAUUAAUUUUUUUUCAACAAAGUCAAGAGUUCUGCGACUCGUUAAAAACAGAACAACAAAAAAAGAAAAAAUCAAUAACGUGGCUGUUAAGUUUUGCGUACUUAAUUGAUAAAGCUACAGUACACUUCACUCUACUGGGUAGAACUGUCACCUCACAAGGAGAAGGUCUUGGGUCCUGCGUGGAGUGCAUAUUCUCGUGGACACUCCGGUUUCCUCCCGCAGCCCAAAGGAGCCCGGACUAAGUAUGUAUCACAAAGAGAAAAGCAUUCAAAUCAAGAGCAGUGCCUCUGCGUUGUAUAACAAUCUAAGUGUGCUGCGCAUCGCUCCCCGCUCACUUACCUACUUCACUGUGGUUCAUGCCAAUGUGGUCAACAUGGUGAGUGCAUCCUGGGAUGGCCUCAACUUCUCCCAUCGUCAGCUACAGUCCAAAGAGGGCAACAUUGCAGCCAGCUCCUCACUCAUCAUGCAGGCAUCAUGGUGUGUUCUCCCUUCUCGAGAGCUUCUGGUUCUCACCUCCCAGAAGGGCAUCCAGAUGUACGAGUCAGAUGGAUCCAUCAUGGUGUAUUGGCAUGCCCUAGACAUUCCAGAAACACCCACAGCCCAGGCAGUGUUUGCUCGGGGCAUAGCUGCUGUACGGGAAAACUACAUAUGCGUGGGUGUGUCAUCUGGCUCAGUGCUGGUGUUUGAUGUUCCAAGUAAAGGAAGCAACAUCAUGUUAUCAGAGGUGUUGGAGGAGCACAGGGAGUCCAUUACAGACAUGGCUUCAGAAUGUUCUGGCAGCCAGGAGUGCAUUGCUGACCUAGUCACUGCAGAUGAUUCCGGAAUCCUCUGUGUCUGGAAAUCUGGAGAGGACUUUGAGCUGCUCAAUAAGAUCCCCGGUUUUGAUGUCUGCUGCUCCUCAGUGAAGUUGUGGAAAGGUACAGUGGUGGCAGGGUAUGGCACAGGACAGAUCCGGCUGUAUGAAGCUGUGACAGGCAUUGUGCACGCUGAGGUCAACGCCCACGCACGCUGGAUCUACUCACUGGACAUUGCCCCCUUCUCUGGUCUGUUGCUGUCUGGUGCUGAGGACUCCCUGGUGCGAGUUUGGCAUCUCACGCUAACCCCAGAGACAAACAGUGUGGAGAUUGAGCACCUGUACAGCGAGUGCGUCACCGACACCCAAAUCUGUGGAGCCAAGUUCUGCGAUGGGGAUGGAUAUGCCUUCGCCGUGACAGGAUACGACUUGAGCGAGAUUAUCCGCUACACGCAGGCGUAGCAUGCCUUGGUGUGUGUGUGUGUGCUUGCCUGCGCAUGUGUGUACGUGUCUGAGACUAGUGCCAUGUUUAUGUGGUGCACUGUCACGCUUCCACAGCAACAGGAAAGGCAGCCAGUAGGGCAACAUUCAUUCAUGAUGCCAUGUGUUGCAACCAGCACUGCAUUGGUUCAAAACUAUAAAGUUACCUGCUUCAUGUUCUGGGCCAGGGGUGUCCAGAUGUUUGUUUUAUCCCAGCACUGUGACACUAAUUGUUCUUAUCAAGGUUUUGAUUGAAGACUAUGAUUUGGUAAUCAGUUGAAUCUGGUGUCCUUGUGCUGGGUUAAAACAAAAAUCUGCACCGACACUGGCCCUGUUCUAGUUUUACCUGGGUGAAAAUGGAAAUGACAGGGCCAGGAUGGGAAAAAGAUAAGAUCUUUUUUUUUUUUCCUGAUCAGCUGUAAUUGUGGCUUCAUAUAUCUGGUGACGAGCGUACAUCGGUUCGCACCUGUGAGUGUGAAGAUGACAGCAGUAUGUUCUGUGACAGGUGUGCCUAUUAGUCACAGACAGCAGAAAUGCAGAUUUAGUACCAUCAUGUACCAUCAGCCACCUACAUUUUAGCACAGGAUUUUAUCAUGACCUGUUGACUUGGAGGUACCUUAGAAUGUGUGUACAGUAUGUACUCUUAAAAUGCGUUUAUAAAUGUAUUUAUUUUAGAAAUUAUAUAUGUAGUUGUACAGCUGAUUUGGUACAUAUUUGUCAUCGUGCUUUGAACGUUCAUGAGUUUGUGGAACAUGAGUAGCCGAUUUUUGGUAUUUUAGUUUCUGGGUUGCAUUCUGGUUUUUGGUUUUAUUUAAAGCUUUUUCUUUUACAUUCUCAGUUUGUUUUUGGUUUACAAAUAAAAUGUCUACUAAAACCUG